AUGUCUCUACUGUCAUAUCUCCCUCUCUCCACAGCUACUGGGCUGAUGAUCGGCUGCCUGAUCUACCCAGACGGCUGGGACUCAGCCGAGGUGAAGCGCAUGUGUGGGGGUAAGACGGACAAGUACACGCUGGGUGCCUGCACCGUGCGCUGGGCCUACAUCCUCUGCAUCAUUGGCAUCCUCGAUGCUCUCAUCCUCUCCUUCCUGGGAUUUGUCUUGGGAAACCGGCAGGACAACCUCCUCCCAUCCGAUUUUAAAGUGGAAAAUAAAGGUAAAGGCAGCUCUGAGCCCCUGUCCUGUUGUUGA